UUACAACUGAGACUGUCGUCAUAAAAUCUAUCGGUGCUUGGAUUUCAUUUUAAUUCAUUUUAAGUCCUGGUAUUAAAAUGUCUGAAGCCAUUUAUCAAUCUGGCCAUGUCAAUAAUGGUCAAUAACAACUGAGCUAAACAAACAGCCUUUUCCUGCGACUUUACAGGGACUGUUUAACGUUACAUCAGGAUGGUGACCGUAGUGGAGCUGCUGAGUCUCCUGCUGGUGUCAGUGCUGUGGGGUUGCACUAACCCUUUCCUGAAGAGAGGCACAACGGGGAUAGAAAAUGUGACAAAGACCAACAGAGUCUCACAGCUACUGGCUGAGGUCAAGUUUCUUUUCCUAAACCUCAAGUACCUGGUGCCAUUUCUCCUGAACCAGAGUGGCUCUUUGGUGUACUAUUAUACGCUUUCCACCACAGAGUUAUCGCUUGCUGUUCCUGUGGCCAACUCUCUCACCUUCCUUUGCACCCUUCUCACUGGCAAGUUACUAGGUGAAGAGUUUGGAGGCAAACAAGCUGUCGCGGGAAUGUUCCUUACCAUGGCUGGCAUCACUCUGUGUGUUAUAAGCUCCAUGGGUGACAAAGACACUGUGUAAUGAAGACCAGGGGUUUCUUUACUUUUAAAAGGUUUGUUGGGUAUCUGUGUGGGGUUAAUUGACACAAAACAGCUGGUCAUACACACACUGUUUUUUAUUAUUAUUACAACUGAUUAUGUUGUUGAUUUAUUGAUGGGAAUUUGUAUUCUUUGUCUUCUAUUUUUGUAAGGGGUUGGGUUUUAUGUAAAUAUUUAUUAUUUUUUAUAUGGUUGUGGUGUAUGUAAGGCAGACAGUGCUCACUGUCAAGUCGUUGUUGUUUAGUGUUGGUGUCUCAUGGUGUCUGUCCAGUAAAUGCCGCACUUGUGCUUUGCAUUUUACUUCUGUCUUAAGUUUCUCUGGGAAAACGUAAUGCCACUGCCGGACUUUCGGGCACACUAAUACGUUGAAUAUGACAGUCGGAACACUAAUAGAGAUCAGAAUUAAAACUAACUCUGCUGUACCUGCCAAGUGAUUCCUUAGCAGGGCAGGAAAGUAGGCCAAAGCAGAGAUAGAACAGGACCAGAGGGGGCAAUUUAGAUUCAGACAGCGACUCCUUAGAGCAACAGUUCUGGUGCGAGAAUAGUGCCUAAAUGAAGUCGACGUGAGCUUCAAAAGACCUGUCCAGAAACUCUUAGACGAUGUUGAAGGGGGAAGUGAGUUCAUGCAGGGUUCACCUCAAGGCUAGACUAGAUUUAUGGUGCAGGCAUAGAAGUUGGUGGUUGUUAACUUUUAAGCUCUUCUGCCCAGCUAUGUGACAGCAUCUGCAUAAAUGCUAUAGAGACCACAUACAAAUAAGGCUGGGGUUUGAAAUGGACCAAUUAGAUCCGACCUGAUUUAACAGGGACAUUUUACGGCAGCUGCCUUCUGUCUGUUGUGGUGUGUGUGUGUUUGGGGAAGCGCAGGAUGCAGGAGGGGACAAAUUGCUGUUUAGCUUCAGCAUAAAGAUGUUUUUCAUUUACUUAGUUUCUUCUUCUUCUCCUGCUGCCUUGUUUACAUGAUGUAUUACUAAUGUAGAUAUACCACUGUUUCUGAAGUUCUUUGUUGUUAACAGUGAGCGACCUUGUUGCAUGCUCUGAAAACAUGUCUGAACAAGUGAAUAAGAACAGUAAUAUACAUAGUAAUAUAUAUGUUUAUUGUCACAGUAUAUAAUUGGCACAAAACACUGUACGGAUGACUCUGUUGUUGUUGCAUCUAUUCAGCUUGUGAUGUGGCCAAUAUUUUAUUAAAUAAAUUGUUAACACAA